AUGUGUAAAACUUUGUGCAUUGUGGCAGUGUUUGUGGUGGUGGUGCGGGGCAGCGUCACGACAGGCCCUGUAAUCGAACAAGCAGAUCGCCACGAGCUAGAUCCGCCUCUGGUCCAGCGGUUGACCCGAUUCGCGAGCAAACCGAACCUGGAGGAGGCACUCGACUACAGUGAGACAAUAUUUGAAAAAUCCAAACGCCUAGAAGGUUCACUAGCGGCCGGUUCGCGCGGAAAGGUCGUCAAGGGUGGCUCCACGUUCGCGCAGAUCCUCGAUGGCUAUCCGACGCCAAGCACCCAGCAGCAGGACCUGCUUGCCCGGAAGGUGCUACGGGCGUCCUCCUUCUUUGUGAACCGUUUCUGCAUCCCGAAUGGUGUGUCCUCGUACGAGUGUGGUCUGUAUCUGAGCGGUACACCGAUUCCUGCCUCGACCGUGAUCGGAGAUCAAUGUCAGCGGAUGAUCGCGGCGAAGGAACACAACGAUGAGUACCGUCGGCUGCUGCCAGCGCUGUACGACGAUGGCGUGUAUGCGUUCCGACGGAGCACGGCCGGUGGCGAGUUACCACACGCCCGGGUAGUUUCUAGCCGGUUCCAUACGGCCUGGAAUCGGGAGGAACCUCUGGACAGUGCGCGCUCGGUUGCGCUUGUCCAGUGGACACAAUUCAUCGAGCACGAUCUCGCCAAAACGACCGUCCAGACGAUGCACGACGGAACGGACAUUGAGUGCUGCACGAGCGAGCAUGGCCCGUUGCUGCCCCGCUAUCGCCAUCCGUCCUGCAAACCGAUGCAGGUGCCCGAAGACGACCCGUACUAUCGAACGUACCGGGCGACGUGUCUGAACUACGUGCGCAGUGCCCUAUCGCUCGGCGGGUCCGGUUGCCAUCUUGGGCCGGCAAACCAACUCAACCAGGCCACCAACCGGUUGGAUCUGUCGCAACUGUACGGCAGUCUGGCGAACGAUACGAGGCAGCUCCGUACGGGGAAAGGUGGACGACUACAGGCCCAGCUGUACGACUCUGCCGAAUAUCUGCUGGAAACGGCAAACGGCCGGUUGUGUGCGGCCGAUUCCAAUCUCGAAACCGUCUGCUACGAUUCGGGCGACACGCGCGUUAACGUGAACCCGUACAUAACGCUGCUCCACACGCUCUUCCUGCGAUCGCACAAUCGGCUGGCCAAACAUCUGGCCCUGCUGCAGCCGAGCUGGACGGACGAGCAGCUGUUUACCGUGGCGCGCACCGUAAACAUCAAGCUCUACCAGAAGAUCGUCCGGGAGUGGUUGACGGUGGUGGCAGGCGGACGGGCAACGAGCGAUCCGCAGCCAACCUCCGCUCAUCGUGACGAGCGUGUGACGAACGAGUUCGCAACGGCUGCAAUCCGCUUUUACACCACGAUGAUGCCGGGUGAGAUCUCCAACGCGCUCAGCUCGUACGAUCUGGAGCAGCUCUUCUAUCGGCCGAAGGAUCUACGCAAACGGGACUACUUCGCGCAUCUGGUCGAUUCCGUGCUUGGCCAGAACGCGAUGUCCCUCGAUACGGCGUACGUGGACGAUAUGGCGCAUCUGCUCUUCGGCGUGCGCAACGUUGGGCUGGAUGUGCUUGCGCUGGACAUACAGCGUGGCCGCGAUCAUGGGCUCGCCCGCUACACGGAUUACUACACGCUGUGCAGCGGCACCCCGAUCACCGGGUGGUCCGACCUCGAACGUGUGCUGAAACCGAACGAUUUGAGCAUAAUGCGUGCAUCGUACGCAACCGUCCACGAUGUGGAUCUGAUCGUCGGUGCUGUCGCUGAAUGGCCGGCGGCGGGUGCUACCGUCGGUCCGACACUGUCCUGUCUGAUCCGCGAACAAAUCGAUAGCUCAUUGCAGGCCGGUCGGGAACAAACCAGUCCACCGUUGAUACAGCAGCAACAGUUGGACGCGGUGCUGGCGGAGUACAGUGCGGCAAGGUUCAUGUGCGACACGGCCCAGGUCGAGCGGGUUCAACGUGAUAUUUUCCGCGUCCCAUCGGUCGAUAACCCACAGAUCCGCUGUGCACAGCUGCCAGCGCUUGAUCUUGCACGACUCGUUUAG